GGGACAGAGCUCCACGCCACUUGAACUGCUGAAAUGUGAUGGAUCUGGGAGGGGGCCCUUCAGACUUGUAUCAAACUUCGCUGGAGUCGAAGGCGAGAGGCUCGAAAAGAAGCAGGGCCGGGGAGCACUUCUAUGCAGGGUUACUCGAGCGAGCCGGGAAUUUACCCACUUCCGAGCCGCCAGAGAAACUGGAAGGGGACGAGGGCCGGCCUCCGAAGCCGCCUCGCUGACUCCUCGAAGCCCUUCUGUAACAUGCCCGGAGCGCCGGGGACUCGUCGGCUCGACUGAACCCUGGUGGAGUUUUCCACCUCUCCCGCGUGGAUCUAAUGCUGCGGCCAAGGCACUAGGGAGCGCUGGGCGAACUUGGUGUGGGGAGGCCCGUCGGAAGAAGGUGGCCCGCGGAAGGACGACCUGCGCCCUCAACAGCAGGCGCCCGUGCGCGCGCUCCGACCCGCGGCUUCCCGCCCGCGCUCCCGCCUGGCCCGGCACGAUGGGGAGCAAGGCCUUGCCGGCGCCGAUCCCGCUCCACCCGUCGCUGCAGCUGACCAACUACUCCUUCCUGCAGGCCGUCAACACGUUCCCGGCCGCCGUGGACCACCUGCAAGGCCUGUACGGCCUGAGCGCCGUUCACACGAUGCACAUGAACCACUGGACGCUAGGCUGCUACGCGGCCGCCGCCGCCACGGCCACGGGCGGCACCGGCGGGGGGCCAGGCGAGAUCAGCCGCUGCUCGGCGCUGAGCGAGAUGGCUGCGGCGCAAGGCCUGGUGGAGCGCUUCCCCUUCCCGGCGCUGCCCUUCGCCACGCACCUCUUCCACCCCAAGCAGGCGGCCGCCAUCGCCCACGUCCUGCCGGCCCUGCGUAAGGAGCGGCCCCGCUUUGACUUUGCCAACCUGGCGGCGGCCGCCACCCAGGAGGACCCACCCAAGGCGCAUCAGGCGGCGGUGGCGGCGGCGGCCGCGCAGGCUCACGGCGAGCUGGCCAAGCUGAGCGGCCCCCUGUCGGCGGCGCUGGGCAAGCUCUCCCCGGACAGGAAGCCGGCGCGCGGCAGGCUGCCCUCCAAGACCAAGAAGGAAUUCAUCUGCAAGUUCUGCGGGCGGCACUUCACCAAGUCCUACAACCUGCUCAUCCAUGAGAGGACCCACACGGACGAGCGGCCUUACACCUGCGACAUCUGCCACAAGGCCUUCCGGAGGCAGGACCACCUCCGCGACCACAGGUAUAUCCAUUCCAAAGAAAAACCGUUCAAAUGUCAGGAAUGUGGGAAAGGAUUUUGCCAGUCCAGGACUUUAGCAGUUCAUAAAACUUUACACAUGCAGGAAUCUCCACACAAAUGCCCCACAUGUGGAAGAACCUUUAAUCAAAGAAGUAACCUGAAAACUCACCUUCUCACCCAUACAGACAUCAAGCCCUACAACUGUGAGCAGUGCGGCAAAGUGUUCAGGAGAAACUGUGAUCUGCGGAGGCACAGUCUAACUCACACCCCACGGCAGGACUUCUAGAACAGCCCAGAACCUCCACAGGGAGCUAACUCUGGCUCAAGGACUUGAACUGUAGAAAAAAAAAAACCUUAAUGCCUGCACAUGUGCAGGCAGACGUAUGCAGGGGCCCCAUUUUCUAUCCCCUGACUCCAGCCAAAUCCUCUGUGGGAUUGGGGGGGUGACAUCAGCCCCUGCCUUCUCCCCAACUGAGAGUGCAGGCUGAUCUCUUGUAGAUAAUAACAGCGCAGCUCAUUUUAGAGCUCUGUACAGAAAACGUGGUGAAAUGUGUUUGCUUCCUAUAAUAUUGUCUUACCAAAUGCACAUUGGUAACAACAACAAAAUCCGGGAAUGAAAAUAUCAUUUUAAA